CCCUGAUGGUAUGCAGUCAUGAUACUUCAGAGCCUCUGCCUCCUGCCUCUUCUGCUCUGCCCUUCCUUAGGGCUUUGUCCUUUACCUGCUGACUUAAAGGACAUUGAGGGCAACAAGCUCUGUGCCCGCCUUUAUGAACACAGCAGCCCCUACUAUGACCAAUGCUGUGAGGGAGACUACAUAGAUGUCAAGCCUGGCGAUGAUGUCCCUUACCUUCAUCUAAAAUGGAACAACCGCAUUUCAUCUAUUGUGGUGGGCACCCGGUGUGAGCUGACAGUCUGGUCUAGGAAGCCAAAGGAAGGAUACACCAAGAAGUUCACUGCUGGUGCGCAACCUCGUCUUAAGGAGGUCAAGAAGGGCCUGGUUGGUGACUGGGAUGAUUCAAUCUCAUCUUAUUACUGCAAAUGUAACUAAGAUGCGGGCUCUUUCUAGCAAACUGAACAUGGAACUUGAGAUUUUAAACAACAAUCAUUACUCUCCAGACAACUUCCAACCAUUUGUGCUGAAAUAAAAUGCUUUUUCAAACUGCA